AUGGCUCCCGCACUCAAAGUUGCUUUGCUCCAGUUGGGAGGAUUCCCGACAAAGCAAGAAGCCAUUACAAACGCCAUCAACCAGAUCCGGAUUGCGGCAAAGAACAAAGGUGCCAAACUCGUCAUCUUGCCGGAAUGUUGGAACUCCACGUACUGCACCAAAGAAUUUCCCCGAUCCGCCGAACAAAUUCCCAAUGGAGAAACUUCAAAGGCCUUGUCGAAGGUCGCUGGUGAGCUUGGAAUCACUCUGAUAGGUGGAACGUACCCGGAGAUCGAUGCUGGUAAGCUGUACAACACUUGCCCGGUCUGGGGCCCCAAAGGUGAAUUUCUCGGAAAGUAUCGCAAAAUGCAUCUCUUCGACAUGGACAUUCCCGGACGAUGCACUUUCAAGGAGUCCAGUGUUCUAACGCCGGGAAAUGAAUUCCUAACGUUUAACGUUGGAGACACAAAGGUUGGAGUUGGCAUUUGCUACGAUCAACGAUUCCCGGAAUUUGCAGCGGUUUAUCGAAAGCGGAACUGCGAUCUGUUGGUAUUCCCGUCGGCCUUUGACACCUUCACAGGACCGAUGCACUUUGAACUGAUCGCUCAGGCUCGUGCUCUUGAUAACGGGAUGUUCGUAGCGCUUUGUGCUCCAGCGAGAGACACAUCGAAGGAUUAUGUUGCCUACGGAUACUCGACAGUUAGCGAUCCGUGGGGUCGAGUUUUGAGCCGGGCUAAAGAAGGGCCAGAGAUGUUGGUGGUGGAUUUGGACAUGGGACUGCGCGAUUCCAUUAGACGCCAGAUUCCUACGCAGGAACAGAAGCGAACUGAUGUGUACGAAGUGGUGUGCAAGAUUUAG